GAAUAUCACUCUUGCUACAAUUGCAAGUGAACCCUUAAAGUGCUGUCGUGCAGCAGUGCUCCGAUAUGAUGAUCGCAUAUGUGAUAUGCACCGUUUUGGCAGUUUUGCCCUUAUUCAUUUACUGGCGGAACCCUUACUUUGUGGGAGAUGUGCUUUACGCAGUCCACGCCAUUUGCAUCGGCUUGCGAAUACACAAAUUCAAGAAAAAGUUUUACAGUCUCUUGGACAGUUUUCUUGACAAAGCGGCGAGGCAUCCAGAUAAGAAGUUUAUCCUGUUCGAGGAGAGCUCGUACACCUACGGCCAGGUGGACAGGGAGAGCAGCAAGGUGGCCAGAGCCCUGGCCGCGCAUGCGCGCCUGAAGCAGGGGGACACGGUGGCCCUCUUCCUGGGGAACGAGCCCCAGUACGUGUGGCUCUGGCUCGGACUGGCCAAGCUGGGGUGCGUGGCUGCUCUGCUCAACUGCAACAUCAGGUCCAAGUCCCUGCUGCACUGCUUCUCCUGCUGCGAAGCCAAGGUCCUCAUCGCUGGUGCAGAUCUCAGAGAAGCCAUAAAGGAGGUGCUGCCCUCCCUGAGGGAGCAGGGCAUCCAGGUGUUCAUUCUCACUGAGCACUGUGAUGAUGAGGGCAUCGAAAGCCUCUCUGAUAAAAUCCAGCAGGCCUCAGAUGAGCCUCUUUCACCACAGCUGAGGUCCAACAUUAACCUGAAGACUCCUGCUCUGUAUAUCUACACCUCAGGGACCACAGGACUUCCUAAAGCGGCUGUAAUUAACCACGAGAGGGUAUGGUUGGCCUCUUUUCUUCAGAUUUUUGCAGGCGUGCGCUCAAACGAUAUCAUCUACAUAUAUAUGCCCCUCUACCACACUGCUGCUUUCCUCAUGGGACUUGGUGGAGCCAUAGACAAAGGUCUCACCAUUGUUUUAAGACGUAAAUUCUCUGCGUCCAACUUCUGGAACGACUGUAGAAAAUACAACGUGACUGUAAUUCAGUACAUAGGAGAGAUCAUGCGUUACCUCUGCAAUGCACCAAGGAAAGACAAUGACAAGGAUCAUAAAGUGCGGAUUGCUUUGGGGAAUGGCAUGAGAGGAGACACCUGGGCUGACUUUCUGGAGCGAUUUGGAAAAAUUAAUAUCCUUGAAUGCUAUGGAGCAACUGAAGGAAAUAUUGGCUUUAUCAACUACGCUGGGAAAAUUGGAGCUAUUGGCAGGGAGCAUUUUCUCAUCAAAAUGUCACUUCCAUAUGCCCUCAUCAGGUAUGACACAGAGAAAGAGGAGCCAGUCAGAGACUCUAAAGGAUUUUGCAUCGAAGUCCCCAGAGGAGAGACCGGUUUGUUAGUGGGAAAGAUUGGAAAAAGAUCACCUUUCAUAGGCUAUGCCAAGAACAAGCUGCAGACAGAGAAAAAGAAGUUGAGAGACGUGUUCGUGAAUGGAGACUUCUACUUUAACACUGGCGACCUCUUGAGGAUAGACGAAGAGGGAUUUGUCUUCUUUCAGGACCGCAUAGGAGACACUUUCAGGUGGAAAGGAGAAAACGUGGCCACCACAGAGGUGGCGGAUCAUUUGCUCAUGAUGGACUUCGUUGAGGAGGCUAAUGUCUAUGGUGUGAAGGUGCCAGGACAUGAGGGAAGGAUUGGAAUGGCAGCACUGAAGCUGAAGGAAAACAUGGACUUUGAUGGCAACGCUGUGUACAAGCAUGUCAAAAAUUACCUGCCCAGCUAUGCCAGGCCACGUUUCAUACGCAUACAGGAUGCGUUGGUGUUGACUGGCACGUAUAAGCAGAUGAAGGUUAAGCUGGGUGAAGAGGGUUUCAACCCCACCGUCAUCAAGGACCCAUUAUUCUUCCUGCAGGACAAUACGGGCUACGUGCCCAUGACCCAGGAGAUAUUCAGCAACAUCGCAGAGGGAACGCUCAGACUUUGAUCUUUGUUCAGUGUUUAUUAUUAGAUUGUCAAACCGUCCAAUUCAUGUUUUGGCCUUAGGGGACAGGAUGAAAAAUAAUCACAAAUAACUUGUACAGUCAGCAUGUAUAUACAACAUAUGUCAUGAGUUCUUUACCUUGUGUGGGAAACAUUUGGUACAUGACCAUUUUAAAGGAAGAAAUAAAAGAAGGAAGAAAAAAAACCAUGAUUGUAAGUG